UUAUAUAAAACUCUUUCACUCGGGUGUAAUAGUGUAUUGUUGAAAUGUUUAAUGUUCACAAUUUAUAACCGGUCAGUUGCCGAUGCGACGGUCGAAUGAUGUGCUCACCGACACUUUCAGCAGAGCAGCAAAGAGAGUUGGCAAGAAAUCUUACAUAUUUUCUGUCGACAUACAAACACAUCUCCGAUUCCUUCAUAAUUGAAUUCUUCAGUGAGGAUCUAUGGGCUACAUUGCCUACCAGAUGGCAACAGAUCCUCUGUGACCUGUCACCCCCACAAAUAGCUGACCUCCUAUUGGACAGAUUGAAUGUGAAUAGAAGCUACUCUUGUGUAUGGCCUCUUUCACUAUUGGCUUUCCGGGCCACCGCGCAUGCCCUGACGUUCCCCAGGACACCCCAGGGCAAGCGGGGACAUGAAGUGGGCAUGCUGAAGCCAGAGGAGUUCUUGGAGAACAAGAGUCAGAGCUCACUGCUGGGACACAUAUUUAGGAAACAUGUGAAACCCAAGAAGCAGCAUGAGAUCCGGAGUCUGGGCACGUUGGUGAAGCAGCUUUGUGACCUGACAAACUGCAAUAGUGUGGUGGAUGUGGGUUCUGGACAGGGCCAUUUGACUCGUUUCUUGUCGUUUGGGCUUGGUCUGUCUGUGACUGGAAUUGAGGCUGAUCCCACUCUAGUUUCCAUGGCAUCCAAAUAUGAUGGACAGCUUCUGUGGACGCUGGAGAAGGAGCGGCAGAGGAAGAAUGGACCUCCGCUCUCUAGAUCUGCCCCUUCACCCUGCCAUGUGGCUGGCUGGGUCAACCCCAAAGCAUCAUGGAACGACUUCGUCAAGCAGGUAGGAAAUGGUAAAUGUGUCUGUGAGGAUCAGACCGCUCCGGCUGGACCCAGUAAGAAGAGACAGCGGGAGUCCAUGUCAGAAGCUGAUCAGCAACAUGGGCACGGAGACCAGCCUGUGUUGACUGCAAAAUCAGAAUUCCUGGGCUGUUCAGACAAUGGCCAGGCUGCAUCCCCACUCAAGAAUAAUGACAAUACAUGUACAAACUCGUUUACUAGUGUAAAACAUGAACCCCGGUCUAGCUCACUCUCGUUUCCAAAACGUCUUUGCAAGACUGAAGCCGGGCAAGGCCCAUAUGUCCACCCACUCUGCCAAGAGAGUUCAUCCACAGAAGUUGUUGUCUGCCCUGUGGAAGAGGGGCAGGGAUGUCCAGAUUUUAUCCUAACGGGCCUCCAUGCCUGCGGGGACCUCAGUGCCACCCUCCUUCGCCACUUUGCCAGCUGCCCUCACGUUCGUGGCAUCACCUCAGUGGCGUGCUGCUACAUGAAGAUCACCACCAGUGAGAACCCCAACCCCCCUGGCCUCAUAGCCCCUCCCCUAUCCCCUUUGCCCACCAGUGAGGCAUCUCACUCAGAGUUUGGCUACCCAAUGAGCUCCUGGGUGCAGGGGUUGCCGGGACACCAGCUGUCCUAUAAGGCACGGGAGGGGGCGUGUCAUGCCAUAGAGGACUACAUGCACAGGCUGCGGGAAGAGAGUGGGUUGCUAAGGAUGCACUGUUAUCGGGCAACCCUAGAGACAGUUAUCAGGGAGGCGAAGCCAGAGCUGCGCAGGCCGGGAGUCCAGGCAAUAAAGAAAGCACAUCUGCUACCCUUUACAGAGUAUGCCCGUCUGGGUCUACCCCGCGUUGGCCUGCCCCCUGACCUGCCCCUGGACACCUGCAGAGUGGAGGCCAUGCUGAGGCAGGAGGGUCGUGUGGUGGUCUACUUCAGCCUGGCUCUGCUACUGGCACCGGUGGUGGAGACACUGGUGCUGCUGGACAGGAUGCUAUACCUGCAGGAGAAAGGUAUAAAGAGUCAGCUGGUGCCACUCUUUGACCCUGCGUUCUCUCCCCGAAACCUGGUACUGAUGGCUUUGAAGCAGCCGACAAGGGACAGAGACUGAGUGCACCCUUCCAUAACCAAGGACACCUCUAAAACGGUGUGUUGUGUUCAGAGUUUACUCCCUUACUCAUUGGUGCUCAAGGACUUGAGUGGAAGUUUAGGAGUAGCUGUGUCCGAAUAUCCAUACUAGCGUACUACAUACUUGUAUAUACACUUGUAAAUGAGAAUUUGUUCUCAACUUGCCUACCUGGUUAAAUAAAGGUGAAAUAAAAAUAAAUAAAAACUUCAACUGCAUACUA